AUGCCCAACGACGACGCGUUCACCAAGCCGUCGGCCCCGUCGGAGGCCCACCACGCGCCGGGGGCGCCGCCGCAGGGCAAGGCCGGGGCCUUCGGCAAGGCCGCGGGGACGCUGCUGGGCACCCCCGGCGGCACCGGCUCCGGAGGCGGCGGCGGCGGCUCGGGCUCCGGGGCGUCGGGCCUGGGCGCCGCGGGCAAGAAGUCCCCGCGGCUGCCCAAGUGCGCUCGCUGCCGGAACCACGGCUACGCGUCGCCCCUCAAGGGCCACAAGCGUUUCUGCAUGUGGCGGGACUGCCAGUGCAAGAAGUGCAACCUGAUCGCCGAGAGGCAGCGCGUGAUGGCCGCGCAGGUGGCUCUGAGAAGGCAGCAAGCCCAGGAGGAAGAGCUGGGGAUCAGCCACCCCAUCCCGCUGCCCAGCGCGGCUGAAUUGCUGGUCAAGCGAGAGAACAACGGCAGCAACCCCUGCCUGAUGACCGAGAGCAGCAGCUCGUCACAGCCACCGCCGCCGCCUAGCACUCCCACCACUGCUGCCUCAGAGGGACGCAUGGUCAUCCAGGAUAUUCCGGCUGUCACCAGCAGAGGGCACAUGGAGAACACCCCUGACCUGGUUUCUGACUCCACCUACUACAGCAGCUUUUACCAGCCGUCUCUGUUCCCGUACUACAACAAUCUGUACAACUAUCCGCAGUACUCCAUGGCCCUGGCUGCUGAUUCUUCUUCCGGGGAUGUGGGAAGCCCUCUCGGGGGGUCCCCUGUGAAGAACAGCCUUCGGAGCCUCCCGGGACCGUAUGUGCCUGGUCAAACAGGAAAUCAGUGGCAGAUGAAAAACUCAGAGAACCGUCACGCCGUGAGUUCGCAGUACCGGAUGCAUUCAUACUACCCACCGCCCUCCUACCUGGGCCAGAGCAUGUCCCAGAUUUUCACUUUCGAGGACGGACCUUCCUAUGCGGAAGCCAAAGCGAGUGUAUUCUCGCCGCCCAGCAGUCAAGAUUCGGGUUUGGUUUCCCUGUCCAGCAGCUCUCCUAUUAGUAACGAGAGCACCAAGGGAGUGCUCGAAUGUGAGGCGGCCUCGGAGUCCAGCGCCUUCACAGUCACUUCUGGCAUCGAGGAGGACGAGUAA